AUGUGUGAGUGUUUCGCGCUUGUGCAGGCUGAUGACAUCGCCAAGCUGUCGGAACAACUGCGCAUAUCAUACGAGGAAGGCUUACAAACGGACCUUGCGGUCGCGAGGUCGAAGGCACGGGAAGAGAAGUUACACAGUGAGCUGGAGCAGGCCCAGCGGCUUUCCGAACAGCAGGUCUCCAUCAUCAACGACAUUGAGGCGCGCAAUCGCCAGCUUGAGAAACAGUUGCCGCAGCUGCAGAAAAUCUGCAACGAGGAAGCUAAUGAGCUGGCCGCGCAACGAGAGUGCUUUGAGCAAUCACACAAAGAGGAGAUGCAAACAAAAGAUUUCGAGAUUCAAGAACUGAGCGCAGUGGAGCAUGCCUCGGCCGAACGCGCUUCUACCUCGAAGACCGAGGAAUUGGCGCGAGCCGAGGCUCGACUGGACAAACAGCAGCUGGAAAUGGUCGCGAAGGCCAACGACAUCGCCCGGCUGAGGGAAGAAUUGCAAAUGUCACGCAGCGAAGGAUUGCAGGGUGACUUGGUGCUUGCACGGGCCAAGGCGCGUGAGGAGAAGCUGAGCAGCGAGCUCGAGGAGGCAAAGCAACUCUGCGGGCAACGAGGGGCCUUGGCUCUGGAUUACGAGGCGCAGCUCCACUUGUCGGAGUUGAGAACGGAAGAACUGGAGAAGAGCUGCAGCAAGCAGAUGCAAGAACUGUCCAUGCAACGCCAACUGGCAUCGUCGUUGCAGUUGCAGCUGGAGGACGAAGAGCGGAAAAACCAGACGUCAUCUCAGAUACAGCUCGAGGUGCAAGCGAAGGAUCUGGAGAUUCAAAGUCUUCGUGCUGAGGUGAGCGCUCUUGCUCACGAUGCCGCCUCGAAUAACGAGGAAUUGGCACAGGCCGAGGCUGCAGCUUGCCAGGUGCUGAGGGCAGAAGUGGCUGCAGAGCAGGAAAAAGUCAGGCAAGCACACGAAGUCCUGCAAACUGUUGCAGGAGGUCCACCUCAAUCGGCUGCUGCGCGGGCAGUCUCUGCUGCUGAACGUUGCAAGAUAUUCGAGGCCGCAGCGCAGAGCGACGCGGCACUGGCGUUGGCGCUUGGCGACCGCCCUCGGCCGGAGAUCACUCAACUUCGAAGCGAAGAUGGCUCCACGCUCUUACAUGCGGCUGCGGCUGGUGGAUCACUACUCACUGCACUGGGCGCACUUCGUUCCGCCGGUGUGCCGCGACAAUACGAGCACGAUCUUCAACAGGAACUGCUCCGACACGAGCAUCUGUCCUACGUCAAUGCGCGUGACUGCGAGCAGCGGUCCGCACUGCUUUGCCACUGCCAGUCGGCAGCGAUUUCUGCCCAAAGCGUGGCGGCGUUGCUGGAACUCCAGGCGAACCCAUCCUUUGAGGACGGCCACGGCUGCACACCCUUCCUGGCUUGCGCCACUCGUGGAAAUUGUGAGGUCAUGAUGUUGCUGCUUCGAGCAACAGGAGGAGCUGUUCUCAGAGACUCGGAUGAGAAUGGCUGGACAGCGCUACACUCCGCAGCCUCAAAGGGCCAUGCAGAUGCUGUGCAGCUGCUGCUGCAGGUGAGUGCAGAUGCUGAGCUGCCUGACGCGGCUGGCCGCCGAGCAGCCGAUCUUGCUCGUUGCGAAGACGUCCUGAAGCUCCUGACGCAGCAAGACGAGGUCGAGACUUCUGCUGCUGGGCAGUCGCAGCCGCGGAUGCCACGCCAGGAGAAGGAAGAGGAGGCCGUCGAAUGCAGACAGGAAGAGACAGAUCCUGAAACGAGGAAUCUGGCUCCAACCAGUCCGACAAGUCCAAGCAGCCCGGGCAAAUAUACCGAGGAGUCCGGCGAUGAGUGGUAG